UUAGUGCUGUGUUAUUUAUGUUUUUAUCGAAAAGUGGUUUUGUACCACCAUUUGAUAAAUUUGAAUCUAUGAUAUAUAAUACUAAGUUUAGCGUUGUCACUUUGAAAGAUUCGAUAGGAGAGACCUUGUUUAAGGUACUUACGACAGAUUCAAUAGAACGAGCAAAAAAGUCAAAUCGCUUAAUUGUAGUAUCGACACUUCAGGAAAUGCAUAAAAAGAUAUGCUCCUUGCCAGAUAAAUAUGCCAUGUUUCAAAACGAAGAAAUGCAUAAAGUAAAUGGCGAGAUUAAAUGUCAUUUGAUUAACAUUGGAGAAGAAUUUAUUAGAACAUGGGUAACUUCCGGCAUCGUAAAGAAUUUUAAAUACAAAAGAACCAUCGAUGUUGGGAUACUUAAAUUAAUAGAAGUUGGACUAUUGAGCGCAUUGAAAGAUCGUUGGAUGGAAAAUAAAUUUAAACAAUAUGAAGACGACCAGAAACCGAAACCAAUUGAAUUACAUCAAAUUUCUUUAAUAAUUGUGAUGAUGUGCUGUGGUGCGAUUAUAGCACUUGUUAUUUUUAUAAUUGAAAAAAUUGUAUUUGCUUAUAAAGUAAAGCAAUUUUAA